GAGAUCAAGUAUGACAGAGACGACUAUGUUCUGAGAGUGAAGAAAGCUUCUAUUAAUGAUGAGGGCACGUUCACCUGUGUGGCAGAAAACCGUGUGGGCAAGCUUGAGGCCUCUGCCGCUCUCACUGUAAGAGCUCCACCCCAAUUUGUCAUCCGUCCGAGGGAUCAAAUAGUAUCUCAAGGCCGCAUUGCCACCUUCCCAUGUGAGGCCAAAGGAAAUCCUCAGCCAGCUGUUUUCUGGCAAAAGGAGGGAAAUCAGAAUUUGCUCUUUCCCAACCAACCCCAACAGCCCAACAGUCGCUUUUCAGUGUCGCCCAGCGGAGAGCUCACCAUCUCAUCUGUGCAGCGAUCAGAUGCUGGUUACUACAUUUGCCAGGCUCUGACCGUUGCAGGCAGCAUUCUUGCUAAGGCUCAACUGGAGGUUACAGAUGUGCUAACAGACAGACCGCCGCCCAUUAUUCGCCAAGGACCAUCCAAUCAGACACUUGGGGUGGACAGUGUGGCACUAUUGAAGUGUCAAGCAUCUGGAGACCCCAUCCCUUCUAUCAGCUGGCUGAAAGAUGGAGUCAGUCUUUUGGGAAAGGAUCCUCGAAUGUCCUUGCAAGAGCUGGGCAGCCUGCAGAUCAAAAACAUCAGGCUUUCAGACUCAGGGAUCUACACAUGUGUGGCAACAAGCUCAAGUGGUGAAACAUCAUGGAGUGCUUUCUUAGAAGUCAAAGAAUCAGGUGGAGCAGUAGUUGCAAAGAACUAUGAUGAGAAUGAGCUUCCAGGCCCACCAUCUAAACCUCAAGUUACUGAUGUUACCAAGAACAGUGUGUCCUUGUCCUGGCAGCCUGGACUGACUGGAGCAUCACCGGUCUCUUCCUAUGUCAUCGAAGCAUUCAGUCAAUCAGUGAGCAAUAGUUGGCAAACAGUUGCAGAUCAUAUCAAAACCACCCAGUUUACCGUCAAAGGUCUUCGCCCCAACACCAUCUACCUGUUCAUGGUUCGAGCUGUCAGCAGCCAGGGCCUGAGCGAUCCGAGCCCAAUGUCUGAGCCCGUCAGAACACAAGAUAUAAGCCCUCCAGCUCAGGGUGUUGACCACAGACACGUGCAGAAGGAACUUGGUGAAGUUAUUGUUCGACUGCAUAACCCAGUCGUACUGAGUCCAACCACCAUUCAGGUCACAUGGACUGUGGAUCGUCAGUCCCAGUUUAUUCAGGGUUACAGAGUUCUGUACAGACAGACAUCGGGGCUUCCAUCACCAGGAUCAUGGCAGACCCAGGAUGUGAAGGUUCCAUCUGAGCGCAGCGUCAUCCUCUCAUCACUCAAGAAGGGAAUCGUUUAUGAAAUUAAAGUUCGGCCCUACUUCAAUGAGUUUCAAGGCAUGGACAGUGAAUCCAGGACAGCACGAACUUCUGAAGAGGCUCCCAGUGCCCCUCCUCAGCAAGUAACAGUCCAGACUGUGGUAAACCAAAACAGUACUUCUAUUAGCAUCUCCUGGGACCCCCCUCCACCAGACCACCAGAACGGCAUUAUUCAAGAGUACAAGAUCUGGUGCUUGGGGAAUGAGACACGUUUCCAUGUGAAUAAGACGGUGGAUGCAGCCAUACGCUCUGUGGUGGUGGGAGGGCUGCAGGUGGGAGUGGUAUAUCACGUGGAAGUGGCAGCCAGCACAAGUGCAGGAGUUGGAGUCAAGAGUGAACCUCAACCUAUUAUCAUUGGUAAAGAGUUUCGGGAUGUGAUCAUACAUGGAAACCGGAACAACAGCAUCACAGAACAGAUAACGGACGUGGUCAAACAGCCUGCUUUUAUUGCUGGUAUUGGAGGGGCCUGUUGGGUAAUCCUCAUGGGUUUCAGCAUCUGGCUGUACUGGAGAAGGAAGAAGAGAAAGGGUCUGAGCAACUAUGCAGUUCAGUCCUUCACCUUCACCCCUGCAGUGACAUUCCAGAGAGUUGAUGGUGGUCUGAUGAGCAAUGGAAGCCGUCCAGGUUUGCUCAAUGCCAGUGACCCAGGCUACCCCUGGUUAGCAGACUCUUGGCCAGCGACCAGCCUGCCUGUCAACAGUAACUCCGGGGGACCCAAUGACCUGAGUAAUUUUAGUCGAGGAGAUCUUCCAUCUGUACAAGGGGAAAAGACAGGCACUAUGCUUUCUGAUGGAGCCAUCUACAGCAGUAUAGACUUCACCACAAAAAACAACUACAACAGCCCUGGUCAAACAUCCCAAGCCACUCCAUAUGCCACCACUCAGAUUCUCCACUCUAGCAGUAUUCAUGAACUGGCCGUGGACCUUCCUGAUGCCCAGUGGAAGGCAUCACUGCAGGCCAAGCAGGAAAUGGCCAACCUAGGCUACUCCCUGCCCGACAAGAACUCCUGCAACAACACCCUCCUUUUCAUUCCUGACUACCGAUUGGCCGAUGGAUUGGCUAAUAGAAUCCCACACAACCAAUCACAAGAUUUCAGCACCACCAGCUCUCACAACAGCUCAGAGCGAAGCGGCAGUCUCUCAGGUGGAAAGGGAGGAAAGAAGAAGAAAAUGAAGGCUGGCUCCAAACCUGCUAAAGCUAAUGGGUCCAACUGGGCCAAUGUUCCCCUGCCCCCUCCACCUAGUCACCCUCUGCCUGGCACUGAGCUGGAUCUUUAUCCCACUGAGCACCAUGAAGGAGGAGGGUACGAGAGUGACACUUGGGGCCCGCCCAUGCCUGUGCAAACAUACCUUCACCAGGGCAUGGAAGAUGAGCUGGAGGAAGAGGAGGAACGGGUUCCCACCCCACCCAUCCGAGGGGUUGCCUCCUCUCCUGCUGCCAUGUCCUUUGGACAGCAGUCCACAGCUACCCUUACCCCCUCUCCUCGAGACGAGAUGCAGCCAAUGCUCCAGGCACAUUUGGAUGAGCUGACUAGAGCAUACCAACUGGACAUGGCUAAACAGACAUGGCACAUGCAGGGGUGCUCUCUUCCUCCCCAGGCUCCGGCUCCUCCAGUGGGCUAUGUGUCAAGCACAAUGGUUUCCGAUCUGGAGACUGACCUGCCUGAUGAAGAGGACGAAGAGGAGGAUGAGGAGGAGGAUGAGGGCUAUGGAGCCAGGCAUCCCCGCGGUAUAGAGCACACACCAGGGUCCAGCAUGGAUAACCUGGACAGCUCUUUAACAGGUAAGGGCUUGUCCCAUAGGCCACGGCCCAGCAGUCCAUUUUCAACAGAUGGCAGCACAGUCGGCACACACAGCUUGGGGCACCAGAGGGCUACCAGGCCCACACGCAAACCACGAAGUCAGGGCACAACACCCCACCGGAGAGAUGCUGGUGCAGAUGCCAUUGGUUUUCUUGGCGCAGACCUACCUCCUCCCCCUGAGCCCCCUCCCAGUCAGGGGCAGGGCCGCAUCCAAGGGGCCCGCAGUGUAAACAGCAUGGUACCACCUACAGAUAGGAAGGCUUCUUCUCUGGAGCGCACGCCUUUGUCAGGGCCCUUGUGUGGGCCGGAUGACCUGAAGAGCUCCAUUGACAGACAGAUGCGACCUUCACUGGAACAUCAUCGCCACGCUCAAGACAGGCUGGGCUCCAUGGACCGAGCAGAUGAUGGACGCAGGGGACAUAGAUCAGAGGAUGGGUGUCUGCCAUACAGCAAACCUUCUUUCCCCUCACCUGGGGGCCACAGCUCCUCCAGCACCACCUCCUCCAAGGGUUCAACAGGGCCCCGAAAAACUGACGGUCCACGACAGCCACAACAGUGGACCACAACUGAGCAUGCUGAAUUCCUGGGAUCCAAUGGACAAGGACAGUACACAGGAGAGUUAUAGUGAUCUGCCUGAGGUGUAAGCUGGAGACUGCCCCCCACCCCACCCCUGCUUGCGAGGCGAUGAACUUUGUUCUUACCUGUGGGUUCCCAGAGGAGUUCAGCAGAGGGAACCACAGAGAACAGCAGUGUCACAGAACUGUAAAUGUG